AUGUCCAUGCUCCAAAAUAUGCAAGAACUUCCGCUGCCUUUUGCUACUGCGGCCAUUCUUGGUGGGCUUUCAUUGUUGCUGCUCUUCUCUAUCUUCCUGAGGAAAUUCGGCUCUACCGGGAGGACGAAUGGCCUAUCCACUCUUCCAUCUUUACCGGUGCUUUUCGGGUCUUGUAAUAAUAAUUUUGUGGUUUUUUUUUUUUUUCUUCCUGGGGGUCAUAUUCAUGAUGCAGAGGUUCCUGGGAUGCCCAUGGUGGGGAAUUUGCUUCAAAUGAAGGAGAAGAAACCUCACAUGACCUUCGCAAAGUGGGCUGAAACUUAUGGCCCUAUUUAUUCCAUCAAAACUGGUGCUACUACUACGGUGGUCCUCAAUUCCGCCGAUCUUGCCAAAGAGGCUAUGGUUACUAGGUUCUCAUCAAUCUCUACGAGAAAGCUGUCAAAUGCCCUGCGGAUCCUCACAGCUGAUAAAUGCAUGGUUGCUAUGAGCGACUAUGAUGAAUUCCACAAGAUGGUGAAGCGAUACAUACUUGCAGGUGUCUUGGGCUCGAAUGCUCAGAAGCGGCUACGGUCCUGCCGGGACACCAUGAUGGAAAACGUUUCUAGACAAUUACGUGCCCUUGUGGAUGGCCAUCCUCUUGAAGCGGUCAAUUUCAGGAAAGUCUUCGAGAGUGAGCUCUUUGCGCUGGCACUGAAACAAGCUUUGGGACGAGAUGUGAAGUCCAUAUAUGUGGAGGAACUCGGGACAACAUUGUCCAAAGAGGAAAUGUUCAAGGUUAUGGUGUCGGACAUGAUGGCCGGUGCAAUCGAGGUGGACUGGAGGGAUUUCUUUCCUUACCUGAGAUGGAUUCCUAAUAAAAGCUGGGAAAAGAAGAUUGAAGAACUGGCUUUCCGCAGGAAAGUGGUGGCAAGAGCCCUGGUCAAGGAGCAGAAAGGGAGAAUUGCUUCAGGGGAGGAAGCGGACAGUUAUAUUGACUUCUUGAUAUCCGAAGCCAAGACGCUUUCUGAGGAGCAGAUUGCCAUUUUGCUCUGGGAGGUGAUCAUCCAGGCUUCUGAUACUACUCUGGUCACAACAGAAUGGGCUUUGUAUGAACUUGCUAAGAAUCCAAAAUACCAGGAUCGAGUCGUUGAGGAGAUUCGAAAAGUUUGUGGUUCUGAAACCCUCACGGAGGACCACUUGUCUCAGCUUCCGUACUUGAAUGCUGCAUUCCAUGAAACUCUGAGGAAACACAGUCCAGUUCCGAUAAUUCCUCCUCGCUAUGCACACGAAGAUACCCAAUUAGGAGGGUACUUUGUCGCAGCUAGAAGCCAGAUUGCUAUAAACAUAUAUGGAUGUAACAUGGACAAAGACAAGUAUGAGAAACCAGAAGAGUGGAUGCCCGAGAGGUUUCUUGAUGAGAAGUAUGACCCGGCAGACUUGUUCAAGACAUCAGCCUUUGGAGGUGGGAAGAGGGUUUGUGCCGGAGCUCUUCAGGCCUCGUUAAUCUCUGGAACAGCCAUCGGCAGAUUGGUACAGGAGUUUGAAUGGCGACUGAAGAAUGGCAAGGAAGAAAAGGUCGAUACAGUGGGAUUGACAGCUCAUAAGCUUCACCCCUUGCAAGCAAUGCUGAAGCCGAGAAGAUCGGAAUGAAGAAAGCACAGUAGCAACUGAAGUGGGAGCAUUCUCUAUGUAAUCUGGUGCCUGGUGGUAUUGUCCUGUUUUGCUUAUGGUAAAUGCAGAGUUCCAUAGUCUUGCUGUGCGGUAAG